AUGGACACCGAUUUGAACAAGUACAAUUCCAAAUGGGUCGAGUUCCAUAUUCGGGACCACCUGAAGGACGGCGAGAUCUCCGUGCGGCACACCGUCAUCGAGGACGGCGAAUUCCAAGACCCCAACAAUCGUAGAAAAUCGAUCCAUGAAGACGUGAUCGACGAGAUCGUGAUCCCUUCCGACGGCAUUGGCGAAAUCUGUGCCCACGGACGUAGAGGCAGUGAAGGUCGUCUGGACCUGUUCCAUGGCAACGACAAGAUUUGCGAACUGCAUUGGGACGAUCGUGAUGGGAGACGCGAGAACCUGGUCGAGAUGUUGGACGAAAGUGACAAAUACAGGAUCGAGCAUGGGGGAUGGAGCCCAGAGGCCAACGGACCUCUGGGCCAUGUUUACGUUGACGUGUGGGCUAAGGACAAGAGCAAGUAG